AUGGCCGACUCUUUUCGCCUCUACAUACUUCUUGCAGCUUUUAUUGCGUAUGCGGCGUACAUUAUCUCGGACGGGUUCAACAUAGAUCUUGGAGAGUUGUUUAAAGAUGAAGCUGCAGCUAAAAAGAGAUCCAAAGAAAUCGAAGAAGAACUGAUUGCAAAGAGUCCGAUAGUGAUCCAUGAAUUCUGCGGCUCGAUGGGUGAUUGUUAUAAAGUGAUGGAUCGUGCAUAUCGGUUUCAGGACGGAGAAAUGCGAGUGCAACGUGACAUCGUACCGGAAAAGAUUCAAACAGCUUCCCUAUCACAAGCAGUGCUCACAUUUCCAAAAGAGCUAACUGAAGCCAAUUCAAAUACGGCAAAUUGGGGUAUCGAUAAAAAUGUGAUGAUAACGCCCUAUGUGAUGAUUAUGUUGGCAAGCGGGUAUAUGAUUGAGGCCUUAACUUUUGAAAAGAAAACCAAUCGGAUUCUCGCAUUUGGCCUUGGUGGCGGCACUCUUCAAAACUACAUUUCACAAUUUCCAAAGGCAAAUAUCGAUGUAACAACAAUUGAAAUCGAUCCAGUAAUGGUUGAAGUAGCUGAAACAUACUUUGCGAACAAAGCAACUGGAUCAAAUCGGAUUAUUAUCGCUGAUGGAAUUGAGUACGCAAAGGAGAUCAAAGCAAAAGGAGAAAUUUACGAUUACGUCGUUUUGGACGCUUGUUCGAAUGAUAAAGCGAGAGUCGUCAUUUGUCCGAUUGAUGGAUUUAGAGAAGAGGAAACGAUCGCGAAUAUUGCUCAGCUGAUCAAUCCGAUGGGUGGCCUGGUCGUUAACAUUGUUGCUUAUGAGAAUCCAGAGCACAAAGAGGAGCAGAUUCGCUCGCUAUUCGCCAAAUACUUUGCCUCUUGCUUUUUGAUGAGAAUUCUUCCUGAGCAAAGGAUGUUGAUUUGCUCACAUCGUUCCGAAUGGACAUUGGCGAGCCAGCGAAAGCGCUUCGAGCACAAUCUCCGCAAUCAACAAGAGAAAAUCGGCAUUCAAGUCACUGAUCCAUUGCUGAGUUUUAACCCACAA